UCCAAAGGGACAAUGAGACCUGCCACACACAAAAGGCAAAAUCAUUUCCUUUCCCCUUUUCGAAAGCUAAAAAAGAUUUCAUUUUUACUUGUCUUCUUCAUCAAAAAUUCAAUUUUCUUUCAAAUUCCCCAAAACCAACUUCCAUAACUUCAUAAUCUUGACAUAUUUGUGAUAAAAAAUUGAUCUUGUUUGUCUCUGUACAUAUAAUUACAGAUUCUUGGGUUUUGGGAAUUUCACCUGAAAAUUUUGGACUUCUCAAAGUUCCCUCAAUUUCCUUACAAAUUUCCUAUACCCCAUUGUUCUUAUUGUGAUCAAGAUUUUAUUUUAUUUAUUUCUGUGUAUUUAACUGUAGAUUUUAAUUGUUGGGUAGUUGAGAUUUUUCGAAGAAAUAGAACAAAAGUAUGAGUUUUCAGGAUUUGGAAUCGGGUCGACCUUUGGGGUCUCGUCGGUUCCAGACCAAUGGGAAGCAAGACCCGACCCAAGCAGUGGCUUCUGGAAUCUUCCAGAUCAAUACUGCUGUGUCUACGUUUCAGAGGCUAGUGAAUACACUUGGAACCCCAAAAGAUACACCUGAGCUACGCGAUAAGUUGCACAAGACAAGGGUUCAUAUUGGCCAGUUAGUCAAAGAUACAUCUGCAAAACUUAAGCAAGCAAGUGAAACAGAUCAUCAUGCUGAUGUUAGUGCUAGCAAGAAAAUAACAGAUGCUAAACUUGCUAAAGAUUUUCAAGCUGUCUUGAAAGAGUUUCAAAAGGCUCAGAGACUUGCAGCAGAGAGGGAGACAGCAUAUACACCUUUCAUUCCCCAAGCCGUUCUUCCUUCUAGUUACACAGCCAGUGAGGUAGAUGUUGCCUCAGAUAAGAGUCAGGAACAGCGAGCUCUUCUUGUGGAAUCAAGAAGACAGGAUGUUUUGUAUUUAGACAAUGAGAUUGCUUUUAAUGAAGCUAUUAUCGAGGAAAGAGAUCUUGGAAUACAAGAAGUACAACAACAGAUUGGUGAAGUGAAUGAGAUUUUCAAGGAUCUUGCCGUGCUUGUUCACGAGCAAGGAACUAUGAUUGAUGAUAUUGGCUCCAACAUUGACAAUUCUCAUGCUGCUACUGCACUGGGGAGAUCGCAACUUGCUAAAGCUGCAAAGAUCCAAAGAUCAAAUUCGUCUCUGACCUGCUUGCUUCUGGUGAUAUUUGGGAUUAUACUUCUAAUUGUGAUCAUAGUACUUGCUGUAUGAUCAAAAGUUUUUGGUAUGGGAGAAAGAGAUCCUAAACUCUUUAUCAAUGGAAUUGACGAUGUUCUUGAGGCACCAUAAAGUAUGCUUGUGGUGUGAUCCAUGAAUCUUUUAGGCAUACUUGAGAAGUUGUGCAACUGUGACAUGAAGUUUCAUAUGCUGUGUUGGUGGUGUAGGGGUGGGGGUGGACAUGCGUGGGCUAUGUUUGUAAAUUUUGUGUUUGUGUUUGCAAUUGUGUUUGCUGCCAUGUAAUGGCUGGUUUGUUGAUAAAAUUUGAUUCUUACAUUUCUUGCAUGAUCAAGGCACCAAUAAAACGAAUCUAGUCCAUAACUUAUUCAUGAUAUAAGCUGUCAUUUACAUA